GUCAACGUUAAAAGUUUACAUGCAAGACUCUCUUAUGACACCUAACUACCCAACCAUAAGUCACUUUUCAACCAAACUUGGAUGGUAGAUGGACUUGGGGGACCUGCAUGUUAUGCUGCAGUCAGAGGUCACAUGGUAAGGUCAAAGGUCAUUUUCAGGUCAACGUUAUAGUUUACAUGCAAGACUCUCUUAUGACACCUAACUCCGCAUCUGUAAGUCGCUUUUCAACCAAACUUGGAUGGUAGAUGGACUUGGGGGACCUGCAUGUUAUGCUGCAGUCGGAGGUCACAUGCCUGACCAUGUAUCGUGCAACCUUUUCCUUCAACUCCAAAGACUCAACAUCAUUGAGCUUCAGAGAAGGUGAGGAUUUCACUCUUCUUGAUAAAACAGACCAACACUGGUGGCAUGUUAUGAAUCAUUUGGGCCAGACUGGGUAUGUUCCUGCCAACUAUAUGGAGAAAGGUCAAGCAUCCAAUGAUGAAGUACUCAGAUCCAUUGAGAGAGCAAUUGAAUUCAUUCAUCUGGCUGCUACUGAGAAAGGAGGCUCACUUUCACACCAACAGCGGGAUAAUUUACAGAAGCUUGUUCAACAUCGGCAGUCUACUCUGCAAGGUGAUUCUGUGUCAUCAGAUAAACAGCCCAAAAGAAAAGCCCCAGACCUUCCUCGACAGACUUCUACUGAGCUUCGAAGAGCACCUCCACCGCCUGUACAAAAUAAGUCUCCAACACAACCAGAACAAGCAGCAGGAUUAUCUUGCACUCCUAGGUCAUCAACAAAAGCUAGAGCUGCCCCUAAGCCACCCCAAAGGAAUGAAAGUACGAAGCAAAGCCCUCAAGAUCAAAUUGACUCACAAGAUUCAAGCCAAACAUUAGCAUCUUCUACACUAAUGUCAACAACUAAAUCUGACAGGGAAAUGUCAAGUAACAACAGUUCAGGAUCCUCCGAACCCGUCAUACCAAAGGGUCUACUUGGUGAACUCGUAGAGCAGGUCAGAACAGAAACUAAUUUGAGCUAUGACAUGUCGAAACAAGCAGUGAGAACCAUCUUGCAAGGAGUUGGAUCUGCAGUACCUCAGGUUGCAAAUGUCAUGGCUGCAAUUCUCUCAAGUUUGACUAGUGAUCUAAAUAUGACAAGUUCUAAUAUCAUUAUUGAAGGUAGCAGAGACCAUGAAAGGUUAGAGGUCAUCUUUAAAGAAUUAACAGCUUGUAAAGACGAUGCACAGCAGAGGAGUUGGGCUUUGUAUGAAGAUGAAGAAAUCAUCAGUGAUCACUUGAAAGAACUCAUCACAAUAUUAUGUGAUGCAGAUCCACGAGUUUGUAAAGCAGUGGUUAAGAAGGAUCACUUUGAAUACAUACAUAAUCUGGUUUUAUACUAUCAAAUGGAACAACGGUCAUCUAUUCGUAUGCUCUUACUGAAGGUGUUUGGAGCGUUGUGUAACCUUGAUCGUGAGGCUUUAUCUAGUCUUCUAAGUUCAGUCUUGGUAGUGGAACUGGCUAGGGAUAUGAAAACAGAUCAGGAAAACAUCCCUAAACUCUGCUAUUCAGCUCUUGUUGCUACCAUGUUGUUAUCUACUGGAGAACCAAUUCCAUUCAGUCAUUAUGAUCAACUGAAUGCAGACUUUGUAAACUUCAUGUUAGAUUGCAUUGAAAACCCUCCACCUGCUGAUGAACUAGAUCAAGUACCAGACUUGUUUGUUAAUCUCAUUCUUGCCUUUAAUCUCCAUCUCAGAGUUCCUGCUGAUAGUAUUUUAAUGAAAGUGUUAGCUGAAAAGAGGAAUACAAGGAGUUUUGGUGAAAGGAUAAUGCUUCUCAUCAAUAGAGGAGUGGAUCCUGUGAAGAUGUUUGAUCAUUGUUCAGACACACAAGACUCUCUUCUCAAGUUUAUGGCAGACAUGUUUUCGAGUCCUGCAACCUCAGACCUCUUCUACUCUAAUGAUAUGAAAGUAUUGAUUGAUAUCAUUGUUAGGCAGAUAACAGAUUUGUGUCCAGGUGAUCAAAUGAGAACAGAAUAUUUAUCUCUUAUCUUCAGUAUCUUUACCAAUACUUCAUACUGGGAGGAUUGUCACAGAUUAUCAGAGUUUGAGAGAGCUUUUGCUGCAAUAGCAACAGAAGAGGGAAAAGAGAGUGAACAGGACCAACUGAUCAUCAAAGAGAUUCAACAGACCUUCGGGUCAAAGUUCACAAGAAAAUUUUAGAGACCAUACAUCUUCCAUUUCCAUAGCACAAACAGAUUUGUGUUUUUUAGAGGGAAUGAGACAGACAGAAAGCUACUUGUGUGUCAUCAUUAAUCUUGCGGAUCAGUUUAACCCUAAUUCUCCCGGGGGGGGCCAUAAUGGCCCCCCCCUCGACAAUUUUCGCGAUAUAUCUGCUACGCAAAUUUCUUUGACCUCGCCGCUCACUGACUUUUUACUUUCAAGUCUCGCGCAAAUUUUGAGACCAAAUUUGUGACGCCCGGGUACGCGGUUACGACAUUACGCAACAUUAUGUAAGUGCAUGUCAGACCCAAAAUAGCUCAUAAACGUGAUUUCAUGUACAAAUCCAAUGCGAAUUGUGUAUUUAGCCAAAAUUCAUAAAUGUAUCAUUAUUUCUACUUUUACUGAUUAAAUUUAAUUAAUUUUGCCUUGUUUAUGAUCAGAAUUAAGCCUGGAACGAUUUCCAUUGAAAAAACAAUAAAAAGCAAAAAGUAAAAAAACAAAGAAAUACAUAAGAAAUUCAUAAAACAAUAAAAUACAUAAGAAAUUGAUUUCCAAACCGAAGUUUUUUUUUAUUGCGAUUGUUAAGAAUGCUACAAAGAAUAUUUUUACAAAAAAUUAGCAUUCUAGGAGCGUUAUUUAGUGAAUGAGAGCAAAAAGUAUGAUUUAUGCAUAAAUUAGCAUAAUUAAUUAAUAUAAAAUAAAAUCUCAUUAUUUUGGAAAAUUUUACCAUACAGCCUUGUAGAUUACAUCGCACACUACCAGCGUGCAAAUUUUUGCGUCACUCGCGCGAUCGGCGGCUGAGAUCUUAAGGGGGGGCCAUAAUGGCCCCCCCCCGGGAAUGACAAGAAUCAAAAUACCCCGGGAGAUUUAGGGUUAAGAUGUAGGGCUAUGCUGGCAUUACUACCGAAUGCAUACCAUAAUUGAAAUCAAUUUAUUAUUUUGUUUGCAGAGAACCAGUCAGAUUAUGUAAUUGUCACGUUUGUGAUAUGGUAAUAGAAUUCAAUUUAUUGCCUUUCUUAUUCUUGAAUUAUGCUCAUCUCAAACAAGAAUGUUUUGUAUUAGAGAAAGAAUGUUUCAGGAAGUAUUUGAGUAUUAGUUGAGUGAGGUAAGAGAUAUAUAACUCUAUGUUUCUAUCAUAUCAUUUGUUGAAGGAAAAUUAGAUAAUUUAUUUUUUGUAUAUUUUUGUAUCAUUGUAUUUCAUGUAAAUUCCGGUUUUGAGAUAUGACAAGUUGCAUUAUUAUAUUUCCAGUAUGCAACUUUCUAAUUUAGCUAGAUAUUUAUUAUAAAUAGACAAACUACCAUUUAGCUUUAUACAAGGCAUGUGAGAUAUGUUAAAUAUGUAAACCAUCCAUCCAUGGUUUAUUGUUGUAUUUUUUAUACACCCAUCCUACGGGACAUAUUAUGGUAUCACGCUCGGUGUCCGUCGGUUAACUUUUCCUUGUAAACACGAUAACUUAAAUUUAAAUUAACCUAAGCUCAUAUUAUUUGGUGUGUUUGAUACUAACAUAGAUCCCAGGAAGCCUAUUGAUUUUGAGGUUAAAAGGUCAAAUGUCAAGAUCACAGUGACAUGUUUUCAUCUUACCCUUCUGAAGUCCUUGUAAACGCGAUAACUUUAGUUUAACUUAACCUAGGCUCAUAUAAUUUGAUGUGUGUAAUACUAGCAUGGAUCCCAGGAAGCCUUUUGAUUUUGAGGUCAAAGGUCAUGAUCACAGUGACAUGUUUUCAUCUUACCCUUCUGAAGUCCUUGUAAACGCGAUAACUUUAGUUGAACUUAACCUAGGCUCAUGUAAUUUGGUGUGUAUGAUAUUAGCAUAGAACCCAGGAAUUCUAUAGAUUUUGAGGUCAGAAGGCCAAAGGUGAAGUCGCCACCUUCCACUUUUCUUGCUUGACCAAUAACUCCAUUUUCCACCUUACAUGGGGGCAUAUUAUGUGCUCGCCUUAGUGACACUCUUGUUUGCAUAUGUCAUGUAUAGUUCUUUUUGAAUUUGAGAUGAUAUUCUUGUGUAUGAAUGAUUAUGGCAAUAAUGAUGAAAAUCACAUUGACAAUUAUGUCAACAGAAAAUUGAUACAUGAAAAUAUGUUCAUAAAUUUAUGUUGAACAUGGCUAUACAUAUUUUGUACUAGAAUUAUAGCCAACUUAAUACCAUGACUUACUUCUAUGUAAUUAGAUAAAUUCCCAGGUGAAAUUUGGUGUUCAAAUCUUACUCUGUUUCUUUUUGUUACAUCCUUUCCAUUUCUGUGUCUUUAACGUUGUAUAGAUUUUCCACGUACCUUAUCUUUCCUCCCUCUUUCAGUUGUUAUGCUUCAGUGGAUCUGAGUUGCAAGGAGGAUGCAGAGAGGAUACAGUGGACAUAGAACAUAUGUUGUUCGUAUACAUCAUACACGGUGGAAAGUUCCUCCGUUCUGAAAGUUUUGUGUAGCUCAAAACUUUUUGUGCGGAUGAAAUCAUAGUGGAUGGAUGCUCGAAUGAUAGAGCAUAUGAAACACGUAUGCAAUGGGUACACAACAGAUGCAUAGCGUAUUCCAACGGAUGGCAAGAUUUUUUUACGUUUUACAUCCGCAAGUGGUGUAGGACCAGGCCUUUAUAUGUCUUGAAAUUCAUGUUGAAUUUAUGUUGUGCAAUAACAAUGUGUUUUGAAGCAGAUGAAAGAUUAUCUGAGAUCAAUUUAAGUAUUGCAUUUACGUCAUGUUUUUUUAAUUUGCCAUUGAAAUUUAUUUUCCCUGAUUCAAUUGGGGAAAUAAUUAGUAUCAUCGAGGUCAGUGACAAAGUUUUUCCCUCAAAAAAGGAUGGUGUUUAGUUCCAGUAUAUGUAAUACCCACCGAAUUAGAUGUAUAUCAGUGAAAAUAUGUUAAGUGUUCAGGAUAUUACAUAAGUGGUCGUCUGGUUCCUUGUAAUUUAAAUCGUGUUAUUCCCUAGAAAAUAUAUGAAAAUCUAUAUUUCAUCAAUGUGAUCAUCUGGAGGAUUAUCAUAACCUCAGUAAUUAAAGAGUUACAGAAAUGAGAUGAUUUACCAGAUUUAUGUUUGCUGCUGGUGCAAAAUAGGGAUUUAAAGAUGUUCAUGUUGGAGAAAUCUGUUGAAUAAUAAUGAAAAGUGUUUAAAAGAGUGCAAACACCAUCCAAAGUUGCUCAUAUUGCUAUUCAGGCAACGAUUCUCAUGUAUAUAAAGCUACAAAUUUUACCAAAUUAUUGAAAUAAACCAUUAUACAAUGCAAAAAGUGCAAAUAUUGGCUAGUUUAUAAUUUAAGUCAGCUUUAAUUUUUUUUUAUUUGCCAACACAUCAAGCAAAUUAAAAUUGUAACCAGCAUCCCGUUAUAUUUUCAGAGGUCGAAUUAUUACAAAAUAUUUUUAUAAUUAGAUUUCUUGUUAAGGAACAGUAUGUGGGCUUAUCAUUUAGGACUCAAGCUAUUUAUUGAAAUUGUUUAAUUCCCCAAAUUAACAGUGUUCUGAAGAAAACUUUUGUUGUGCAUGUUAUAGAUUGAUGGGAUGAGCAGUGGAAUCACUUUAGCCAGCCCAUUAUUAUUUCUCCCAUUUCUCUCUCCAGUCUCUUUCCCUUUCUCUAAUCCUCUCUUUCCCUUUCUCUAAUCCUCUCUUUCCAUCCUCCCUAAUCCUCUCUUUCCAUCCUCCCUAGUCCUGUUUAUCUAUACUCCUCUCCUGUUUCGCUCUUCACCCCUCCCUCUCUCACACCUCUAUUUUCAACUUCUUUACUCCAACCCUUCCCCCUCUUUUUGUUUAUUUUACCCUUUACCCUCAUCAUAUGAUGUUCUUCAAUGGGAAUUUCAUCAAGUUUAUUUCAUUUAGUUAUUUCAAGUUUUUGGUUGAUUUACUUCUCAAAGGUCUCAAAGCUUUUAUGCGAAUCCACAAGGACCAAAGCUGCUAUCAUUACUUUUAUUAAGCAUGUUGAACUAACUCCGUAUUCUAUGGAAUGUUUGUAGCAUGAGCAGAUGCAAUAUGUAAAGGUUUAUCAACGACUUGCAUUUCAUUAAAUUGAAAACUGGUGCUCUGAAUAAUCCUA